GCCGUGUAGACAUCAAUACGCCUAGUUCUCCUUCUUCAUUCACCUCAGUUGGCGUGUCAUUGUGCUUCCCCUCGUCGUUUCUUCCGGUUUGUCGAGACGAUUGCCGCUUGAUUACAAAGGAUAAUUUGCUGAAGACACUUGAGGAUUAUCUGCAACGAGUUUCCAGCCAGAUUGACUCCUUAAGACCAGAUUUGCGAUGAUUGUGGCCUGACUGCCAACGAGGAUUAAUCGAAAAUGACAUCAAAAUUUCGCCUAUUUUCCGCUUAUUUCCUGUUGGUUAACAUUUGGACUUCCAACGGGCAAGUGUUCAUCAACAAUGAAAUUCCAGCGCAAGUGGCCACUCCAGCAGUCCAAAACGACAAUUUGGUCACUCAGACCGUCUAUGGCUUUUUAGAUUUUACCACCACAAUCGGAAACACCAUUAUGGUGUUUUCUCCGCAAAGUUCAUCAGCUGUUACCGAAAAAACCAAAGAUGUAACAUCAAACAUAAUCAUCGACACUAAACCAGCCGUCGUUAAGCACGACGUGGUAAAAAUCAGUCCUUCAAAGACGGUUUCGCAUAAAAUCGAGACGGUUCAAGAAGUGUCGUCGAUAGUUCACGUGAACUCAGGCCCAGAUGCAAAUCCGCAAUCAAAAAGGCCCGAGAUUAAGCAUUCGCCGGCAACUCGAGUCAAUGUAAUUUCAAGCAAAGCCGUGGUGGCCCCGAUAAUUGUAAGUAAAGUCCAGGUGAUCGAAGAGGUUAAGCCAGCCGCAAAGCAGCACAUAAUCACCAAAGUGGAAGUUGUUAGCGAAGCGCCCAAGUCGAUUAUCGCCAGUAAAGUCGAAGUAAUAGCCGAAGAAAAACCGACCAGAAGUGUCGUCCAAGUGAAGUCGGACGACGAGCCGGCAGUGAUUAUCGGAAAUAACAUCGGCGAUCCAGAGUACGAAUUCCUAUCCAGCCAGCCCUCAGAAGUCGUCGAGCAGACGUACAAAGUAAUAAACUUAAGGCCCAGCUCGAAGUUCCAGCAGAAACUGCGGCCGUCUGUCGAUGUGAAAAAACAACCGACUAGAAGGCCUGAUAAUCCGCGCCCUACAGGAUUAGUUUCAAAGAUGGAAGGCAUGGUAGUUCAUGAUGGAAUCAUGACCUCAUACGAAACCAGUGUGAUUGGAACAUACAUUAAUGGAAAGUACGCCCAAGUGCUGCAAAGCACAUCGCAAGUUUUCAAUCAUCCGAAAGAAAACCCGGUGCGAGGCAAGAUUGCGCCCACUCAAAGCCUAAGAAUUCUGAAAACAGCAGCGCCCGCUUUAAAGCCACAUAAUAAAAAACAGCAGCACCUGGAGCCGACCCCUGCCGCCUCCAUUAACGAAGAUGUGUCCAUGGCGGCAGCUGAUGCUUUUAACGCGCAAAAUUCGAUAAAAUCCACGAGAAAGCCGGCGAAAAGGUUUAAAAAUCGACCAAAAGAAGCUGAAACGGUAGAACAAAGAACUGAGAAAGAGACCGCGACCAGCAGUCAGCCCACGUAUAAAAAGCCGGCCAAGAAUAGAAGCUCCACUAGGAAUUCCAAAGCACACACGUCUACACAUAGACAACCGAAAUCUGGUCGAGGGAAUCGCAAAUCCAAUCGCAAAUCAAAAUCUUCGAAAAACUCUUCAACUCCUCCGCCUGCCAACAGCGAAGAACAUACGGCAGCACCGUCUGGUAAACGGUUUUCUAGUGGAAAUGGACGAAGGAAGACGAAUCGGGCUUCAACAGUCACCAGUGAGGAGAAGAACAGUCCAGCAGUGAGCCGGAGGGGCUACAAGCCGAGAGUGCAACCUUCGCCGGUAGAUCAAUCUCCAUCUGCUUCUACCAGCGUGUAUAAAUUCAAGCUAAAUAGAACGCCGGGAAGAUGGCAGUACAAAACAAGCCCCAAACCGAAGGUAACGAUUCGCAAGCAAAGCGGCGACGAAGACGGCGCUGGAAACAACGAAACGUUAUCAGCUUCGGCUGCUAUUAAACUGGGAGAAGCUGGACCACUUAGCAACGACGUCGUCACACCGCUAGCUCGAUCGGACGAUGUCGAUAGUCUUGAAGGCUCCGAGUCGAUAACCACAAUUAUCGACGAUGAUGGCGCAACAGAGAAUCGUGUCGAUAGUCCUUCUUUGCCUCUGGAGACUCUGAAAGUGGAAAUAUCCACUCCUCCGGACUUCAAGGAUGUUUACUAUGAAAUUGCCACCAUUAAGUCUCCCUAUACUUUCCAGGUGGGAAAUGUGAAGAACACACGCUACAUCACAGUGACAUCAACAUUCGAGAAGAGCCUGGAAAAUUCGGAGCCAACACCGACUUUAGCGCCGACCGAGCCAUUGACCGAAAAUAUUCUUGCCACGACAAGCAAUUACGCAAAAGAUAACAACUUAGACUCUAGCAUAGCGACAUUACCGCCCAUUUAUCUCGCAUCCGAUGUAGCGACGCCACCCCUCGAGACACUUACUGAAACAUUCAGCACCACCCAGACAAUGCUCAAGACACACAUUUUGCCAGUAAUUCGCAGCGUCAAUGACACUACGAGUUCUACUUUAGUGCAGACCUACUUGAUAACUCGAUUAGUUACGGCCACGAAGACUCUUCCACCCAUGGAGGCGUAUCAUUUCAAUCCCAGCAAGACAUUUAAUGAGUUUAACACUCGGCUUGAUGAGGCCGGCUCCGAAUUCAACUUGCAAUUUGGCGACAGCAAUGAGCAGGAUGAGGACGAAGCUCCGAAAAGAGUGCUUCCGGCCGAUUUGGAUCUAGAUCUGGCUAAUAUCGGGACGAACUUCAAUUUGCCGGAGACUGAUAAGGCGAAGAUUGAGAAGGAGCUGAAGAAUCGUCGGGUGCAGCAGAAGCCGCCAAUGAACGAUUUCCAGCAGAACCUGAGUCCGGAUCAGCUGCAGCAGCUGGCGUUCUUGAGGUUGCUGAAUCCUCAAGCGAAUCCGAAUCAGGGCCAAGUCAUCACAACAUCGAGGCCAGUGGUGAAGGUGGAAACUGUCUAUGAAACGCAUGUGCUUCCAGUCACGCAAGGCCACAAUACGGUUUUGAGCACGAUUUCGAAAGUGAAAGGAACCUUCACGAAAACUGACUACGAAUUUGGAACCAGCACCAUUGCGCCAGCGUUCCCUCAGCCGAUUCCUCAAAUUCCACAGAUUCCCCAGAUUCCGCAGAUUCCCCAGAUUCCUCCUCAAUUGUUCCCUCCGCAGGUGGGCCAGCCUCAGUUCACCAUCACGUCUUCGCCGGUCACUCAAAACACCAUCAUCACGCAAACCAACAGCAAAGUGCUGAAGUUGACUUUCGGAGCUCGGACUGCUUUGACUACAGUCUUUUCCACUACAGUGGUACCAACGGUUUUGACUACCUACAUGACGGCAUCGGUUCCGGUGGUUGCUCCAACUGCAGCUUUUCCUGGGUACUUCCCAGCCCCUUAUCCUGGAUACCCUUAUGUGGGGUAAUUUUUUUAUAAGUGUGGUGCCAAAACGCUGUGUAUAUAGCUGAAUGAACUGAAUAUCCUCGGAAUUAACGGGAUUUUUUUAAAUGGUAAAUAAUAUUUAUUUGCGGGGUCCAGACCAGGGCUGGAGUGAGGUGAGGAAAUACCCAACUGUACAUAAUCAUGCAACGUUUUAUCUACUUCAGUGCUUCUUCCAGUUUAUUUUAGGCGCUUCCUCUCAUAUUAUCUCCUCUCGUGAUCCACUCAAGGAAGCAACUUUUAUUACGUUUUGUUUUCUGUUAGAUUUUAUCCUUGCGGCUUUUGCCAGAUAUCGAACUGAUUUUAUACUCAUACUUAUGUCUGUAGCGAAGAUCAAUGUGCAAUAGAUUUUUAGAAUUACCACUGUAUAUUUGUAUUAACUGAUUAUUUGAUUGUUUUAUUAUUUUUGUAUUUCGGACUUUUCUUAGAAAAUAAAUCGAGAUUGAAAAACA